AUGCCCCUAAUCGAGAGAAUGAAGGAGAGCGAGACUUCUUGGUUCGAACCUUCACACACGAACAAAGCACGACCUCAUCAGAAUGUCGGCAACGGAAAAGAAGAACCAUCCAAAUCGCAUGCUCAAACACCGUCGCCUCAAUUCACAGGCCUCUCCGACGAAGUCCGCAAACUCAUCGCGCACAUGCGAAAGCGCCCAGAGUGGUAUCGCGACGCCACCCUCCCCCUCCUCCAAUCCACCAACAAGCAAGCGCUCUCCUUCGAGGCUCUCGACGCCGCGCGCGCCCACCCCGAAACGCUCUCGACCACCACCGACGGCUCGCCCUACGCGGUCUCCGAGUACGAGCGCGUCAUGUACUACCACGCCACCGACGGCCCCGUGCUCCUCUACCGCUCCGACCUGCGCGAGCGGCCCUACCCCCUCCCGCCCGCGCCUCCCCCACCCCGCCGCCCCUCCCGGUCCGGCGCCCGCGGCCCCGCGAUGCGCGCUGCGGAAAAUGAGAUGCGUGAUCUGGGGAUGCUGACCCGGAUCAGGGACAAUUGGGGGAUCACGCCGUUCAACGCGAGCAUCAUGUUCUACGAGGAGGGACCUGCAGGUGAGGCGGGAGAAGGCGCAGCAGACGGCGAGUCCCCAGUAAAGAAAUCCCGGCCUUUUGUCAUGGUGCACGUCCAUCCGGGUGGCGUGACAGACGCACAGGCGGCGCACGAAGCGAGUGAGGAAAUCCUAGACCUGUUUGAGAAGCACGGCGUCCCGCGCGGGCGUCUGACGGUCGAGUGGGGGGAGCAGUAUGUGCGCAUGUGGGGCUCUCGCGUCUCCGCCGAGGUCCAGGAGAUCAUCGCGCACAUGCGAGAGCGCCCGGAACGGUAUGGGACCGCCAUCCUCCCCCUCCUCCGAUCCACCAACGAGCAAGCGCUCUCCUACGAGGCUCUCGCCGCCGCGCGCACCUACCCCGAGAAGUUGUCGACGACCACCGAUGGCGCGCCCUACGCGGUCUCCGAGUACGAGCGCAUCAUGUACUACCACGCUCAAGGCGCCACGGCCCCCGCGCUCCUCUACCGCUCCGACCUGCUCGAGAGGCCGUACCCGCUGCCCCCGUCGCCGCCCCCUCCCCGCCGCCCGAGCCCGUUCGCCAAGCGGCGCACGGCGAUGCACGCGCUGUGGAACGGCAACAAGGAUCUCCGCGCCAUGUGGGAUAAGGUAGGGGAGCGGGGGAUCCGGUGGGAGACGAUCAAUCUGUACUUUUAUAAUGAGGGCGAGGGGGAGUCGAAGGAACAAGGGGAGGAUGGUGUUACCUCGAGGCCGGUCAUCGAGAUACACGUUCGGCCGGGGGGCGCGACGGCGGCGCAGGCGCACACGGCGAGCGAGGAGAUCUUGACGCUGCUAGAAGGGAGCGGUGUCCCGCGCGGGGAGGUGACGGUAGAGUGGCCGGAGGGGCAUGUGCGGAUGUGGGGUUCUCGUCAGAACUAUGUGGAGCUACGUCGCUAG